AUGCUUAAAUCUGCCAAGAUCGGUCCCCAACGUCCACUGUCACCUCCGCUGCCAGAUUUCAAGUUUUCUGGAUGGAGUUUGAUUGAAUAUCCUCGCAAAGAUCCGAAGAAUUACCCCUCAGCUUUCCUGCACAUGCUCGAAUCAUGCAAGGCUAUGGGGGAACGGCACAAGGCUGAAGAGAAAACAACGCUGAAACAUUUGUCCCACCCUAGUGUUCUGGAAACGGCGCAGGAAAUUUCUGCAAAAAUGCAGCAUGACUUCCGUGCUAUUCCUUUUCUAGUAAAUCCUCUAGCUACCGCAAAAACUAUUCGAACGUGGGGCCUAAAGUCCGGGGGGCUACUCCGUACUUACGAGAAAGAGGACGAAUUCUGGAACUGGACCGGACCUGAAGCAUCCUCCAGAUAUGCCGUCGGAUUGCUGAUCAACAAUCCCCUGAUACGGCUGCUAAUUAUUUGCAGGCUCAUCGAAAUACCGCGCAGCCUCGCGAUCGGCAACUUGAACCUUUUUUUUGGGUGA